CAGGAUGUAGAAGCGUACCUAGCUCCUGGAAUCGAUUUCUCCAUAGUGCUUAUAAAGAUGCGACCAGUGCGCUCGAUGACUAUCUGAAAUCGGAUUCGCAGGAUAAAACCGCUCUCGAAUUGAAGGUGAGAAUUCUGUUAAGGACUCGCCGCUACAAUUACGCCAAGCAGGUAGCAAAAACUCUUUUAAUGCUUGGCGGAGAAGAGUCGCAGUAUCUCUAUUAUUAUGGAUUUGCUCUUUUGUGCUCAGGUGAUUUCGAAGGAGCAUACAGCACAUUCCACCGUGCCUAUUCUCUGGAUCCAGACGGCAGUUACUCUUUUGGAAGCCUCGCUCGCCAGUCGAAGGAAUUGAACAAUCUGAAAAAGAAGGGAAAUGACUUGGUAUCGCAGGGGAAAACGGAAGAAGCCGUCGCAGAAUACACAAAAGGCAUUGAGCUCUGCAACUCCAAGGAACUGCAGUGUGGCUACGUCUUCCUGAACAAUCGCGCUGCCUGCUACAUGAAUCAGCAGCGAUACGAGCAAGCCUUGCAAGAUCUCGAUGCCUCGCUCCUUCAGUUCCCGUUCUCUCCCAAGACGUAUCUUCGCGAGAUUCGCUGCAUUCAGCAGCAGAAUUUGCAAGAACGACUGAGUGUAAUUCCUUCCUAUUAUGUAAAUGCUUUGUUUUGCGGUCGGUAUUCCGACCCUGCGCUUCGCACCACUAAACGAGAUUACAUCCAAUUCUUAAAACAACACAAUGCUUUCCAGAGCAAUGUCCAACCCAUUUCGAAUGAUCACGAGCUCUCUCGCGUUCUCCGCAUUAAUCCGGGAACGCUGAUCGUUCUAGACAUUUUCGCGUCGUGGUGUGGACCUUGCAAGGUCACAUUCGAGUUUUGGAAUAACAUGUAG